GGAUUUCAAUUAUGGGUUCCAUUAUAUGUCUAUGGGCCAGAGUCCUGAUAAGAUCAACGCAAUCGGACUCUGCACAGGAGACCAAAAUGAAGACGUUUGCAGAAGUUGCCUGAACGAAACAAUCUGCGAACUCCAACAGAGCUGUCCUAACUAGAAAGAAGCAAUCGGGUGGUCGGAAUUCUGUACAUUACGCUACUCAAACAGAGAAAUCUUCGGACUCAUGGAAAUCGAUCCGUUCGAUAAACUAUAUGCUGGUGACGCAUCGAAUGUUGAUGCUUUUAACCAGUCCUUGAGCUUCUUGUUCAAUAAUUUAAGCAACCGUGCGGCUGCCGGAGGCCCUCUUCUAAAGUAUGCUGCGGGUAUUACAGAGGGUCCUUCCUCUCAAAGAAUUUACGCCCUAGUUCAGUAUACUCCGGAUCUGUCCCAACAAGAUUGCAGUGAUUGUCUGGCGACUGACAUCGAAAGGAUGAAAACUUAUUGCUAUGGGAAAACUGGAUGCAGAAUUCCGCAGCCCAGCAGUAACUUAAGAUACGAGAUUAACCCAUUUUUUGAAGCUGGACAUGGAAUUACUCAACCGUCUUCACCUCCUCCUACAGAAGGUUUUGCAGGGAAUGGAAAGAACACAACUCCAACAACUGUCAUGUCCGUGGUUGGUUCAAUUGUAGGCGUUCUGCUAAUUUUCCUCUGUAUUUGGAUCAUUUUAAGAUGUAGGAAGUCAAAGGAAAGUCUUGAAACUGUAGAUGAAAUGAUUGAGGCUGAGUCUCAGCAAUAUGACUUUGCCACUGUCCGAGCAGCAACUAAUAACUUCAAUGACGAAAAUAAGCUUGGACAAGGAGGAUUCGGAGCAGUUUACAGGGGACGGCUUCCAAAUGAACAAGAUGUAGCUGUAAAAAGACUCUCUAGUAAUUCUGGACAAGGAGACAUAGAAUUUAAGAAUGAAGUUCUCUUAGUGGCCAAGCUUCAACACCGAAAUUUGGUUAGGCUCCUUGGUUUUUGCUUGGAAGGAAAAGAAAGACUUCUCAUCUAUGAAUUUGUGCCUAAUGCUAGCCUUGAUCAUUUUGUAUUUGAUCCAACCAAGCGAGCACAAUUGGAUUGGGAAAGGCGUUAUAAAAUCAUUGUAGGCAUUGCUCGUGGCCUUCUUUACCUUCAUGAGGACUCUCAUUUUCGAAUUAUUCAUCGUGAUCUCAAAGCAAGGAAUAUUUUGUUAGAUGAAAAUAUGAAUGCUAAAAUUGCAGAUUUUGGCAUGGCAAGGUUAUUUGUAAGGGAUGAAACACAAGGCCAAACUAGUAGAAUUGUGGGAACUUAUGGAUACAUGGCUCCAGAAUAUGCAAUUCAUGGACAUUUCUCAGCAAAAUCAGAUGUUUUUAGUUUUGGUGUAUUAAUUUUAGAACUUGUUAGUGGUCACAGAAAUAAUUGUUUUCAAGAUGGAGAGAAUGGAGAAGAUCUAAUAAGCUAUGGAAGGGACAGGAUCAAAUCUCAUAGAUCCAACUUUGCGGAAUAGUUCAAGAACUCAUCAAAUGAUGAUGUGCAUCCAUAUUGGAUUGCUCUGCGUUCAAGAAAAUGUUGGUAAUAGACCAACCAUGGCUUCAGUUGUUCACAUGCUUAAUGACAACUCAACCACUCUUCCAGUGCCCUCACAACCUGCAUUUCUGUUGCACAGCACCACUGCAUCGGACACAUCAUCCUCACAGACAUCAAAGGAGAAAUCACUCCCCUUGGCAAAAAAUGAUGUUUCACUCACAGAGCAAUAUCCUCGAUAGUUUUUGAGAAUUAAAGUAGAAUUACAACUUAAAAGUACUAGCAUAAUACUUGUAUUGUUACCUCGUUUAAGAUAAUGUUUGGGUUUGCCUAUUAGGUGUAUGUGUAAAUGAUACUGUUACUGUUCUCUUUUUUGUACUGAUCGAUGUAAACAAUAU